UCCUGCCCACAGUCUUGCUAAUGCAGGAGCAGGAGCUGCUGCAGACGGUCUGAGAGACGGGAGAUCUGGAGCUGAGCGGGACGGAGCGGGACAGUGCAGGACAGUGCAAGGCAGUGUUGGAUAGUUCAGGACAGUGGGGGACAGGGCGGGACACAGGACUGGGGGACUGAACCGGACAGUGGAGAGUACAGAAGUGAACCUGGAGCUGGACUGGGACUGAGAAGGCGUGCGGUACGUAAGGAGGGGCAGUGGAGAGGCUGACCGCUGCUGUAUGCCUGACCAUACAGCUGCUGUUCUUUGUCCUCCCUCCCUCUUUCUCUUUCUCUCUCUCUCUCGCUCUCUCUCUCUUUUUAUCUCUCUCUCUCUCUCUCGUUCUGGUGACCCGACUCUCAGCAUGGAGCCCAACAGCCCGAAGAAGAUCCAGUUUGCGGUUCCACUGUUCCAGAGCCAUUUAGACCCGCAGGCAGCAGAACAUAUACGCAAACGGAGGCCAACUCCAGCAACGCUCGUCAUCUAUAAUGACCCCAGCGCUUCAGAUGAUAAACAGUCAUCGAGCAGCAGUCAAGCAGAGAACCAGUCUGCCCAACUGUCUCCCGCCCAGAGGAAGACCAGCGUCUACACACCGCCCACCAUGAGAGAACUGCAGUUGGUGGUGGAGCAGCAUUUUCAGAGGCAAGAGCUGGAGGCGGGGCAUUCUGACAGCCCAGACACGCCUAGCCCAAUCACAGCGCAGCAUUAUGGCAACGCAGCCCAGUGGGCCAAUCACAACUGCCCAGAGCCGAAUGGCAAUGAGGGUUAUGUCAGUUCUGAUGCUCAGGCAGGAAGCAGUGAGGCGGGGGGUAGAGAUCAGUCAGACACACAGAGAUCCAAUCAGGAGGAGAGUCUUCACCCCCAGAAGCUCCUCCCCCCUCACCUGGCCACGCUGUCAGAGGAGCCGGCGGAUGCCCCGCCCAGACGCAAAGACACACCUUACCAGCAGGAGGCGCCGUUCACCACAGGAGUGAGGAUGAUGAAGGGCCAGAUGGAGUCUUCCUCAGCGUUUCAGGAGGAUGAGGAGAGCAGCGGCGAGAAGAGAGAGAGACAGGCGGAGUAACAAAUCUAUAAUCCAGAUAAUUACAGGAUUAAUCAAUACCCAGGUGAUCAGGAACGUUUGGAGCAGUCUGUGCUUUAAUGACUCCUGUUAUUUUCCUUGUUUUAUUGUUUUGGCACACAGAGAAUUUGAUAUGAUUUGAUUUACGCCUUGAAUUAUAUAUAUAGAGAAAUAUUCUGUUAUUGAUUUUCUGUUUUAGUUUUCAUUUUUUACUUUCAUUUUUUUACUUUAUCUCCCCAUAAAUGCAAAAGUACACCAUACUAUAUUGACUGCAUCUCUAAAAAAUAGUCAUUUACCAUCCAAAUCACUGAACUCAGGUAUUCCUGAAUCUUUUCCGUCUCCACAGGUGUAUAAAAUAAAAGCAGCAGCUAUGCAUGCUGGGACAGCUCCUACAAAUAUUAGUGACAAACAUUGGGUCAUUGUCAUGCUGGAAGACCCAGCCACGCCCCAUCUUCAAUGCUCUAACUGAGAAAAGGAGGUUGUUGGCCAUAAUCAUAAGAUGCAUGUAGCUUCAGAGUUCAUCACUACACACCUCCAAACUUCAUGUAGCUUCAGAGUUCAUCACUACACACCUCCAAACUUCAUGAAGCUUCAGAUUAGAUCAUCACUACACACCUCCAAACUUCAUGUAGCUUCAGAGUUCAUCACUACACACCUCCAAACUUCAUGUAGCUUCAGAGUUACUACAUCACUACACACCUCCAAACUUCAUGUAGCUUCAGAGUUACUACAUCACUACACACCUCCAAACUUCAUGUAGCUUCAGAGUUACUACAUCACUACACACCUCUAAACUUCAUGUAGCUCCAGAGUUCAUCACUACACACCUCCAAACUUCAUGUAGCUUCAGAGUUCAUCACUACACACCUCCAAACUUCAUGUAGCUUCAGAGUUACUACAUCACUACACACCUCCAAACUUCAUGUAGCUUCAGAGUUACUACAUCACUACACACCUCCAAACUUCAUGUAGCUUCAGAGUUCAUCACUACACACCUCCAAACAUCAUGUAGCUUCAGAGUUCAUCACUACACACCUCCAAACUUCAUGUAGCUUCAGAGUUACUACAUCACUACACACCUCCAAACUUCAUGUAGCUUCAGAGUUACUACAUCACUACACACCUCCAAACUUCAUGUAGCUUCAGAGUUCAUCACUACACACCUCCAAACUUCAUGUAGCUUCAGAGUUCAUCACUACACACCUCCAAACAUCAUGUAGCUUCAGAGUUCAUCACUACACACCUCCAAACAUCAUGUAGCUUCAGAGUUCAUCACUACACACCUCCAAACUUCAUGUAGCUUCAGAGUUACUACAUCACUACACACCUCCAAACUUCAUGUAGCUUCAGAGUUACUACAUCACUACACACCUCCAAACUUCAUGUAGCUUCAGAGUUCAUCACUACACACCUCCAAACAUCAUGUAGCUUCAGAGUUCAUCACUACACACCUCCAAACUUCAUGUAGCUUCAGAGUUACUACAUCACUACACACCUCCAAACUUCAUGUAGCUUCAGAGUUACUACAUCACUACACACCUCCAAACUUCAUGUAGCUUCAGAGUUCAUCACUACACACCUCCAAACUUCAUGUAGCUUCAGAGUUCAUCACUACACACCUCCAAACAUCAUGUAGCUUCAGAGUUCAUCACUACACACCUCCAAACUUCAUGUAGCUUCAGAGUUACUACAUCACUACACACCUCCAAACUUCAUGUAGCUUCAGAGUUACUACAUCACUACACACCUCCAAACUUCAUGUAGCUUCAGAGUUCAUCACUACACACCUCCAAACUUCAUGUAGCUUCAGAGUUCAUCACUACACACCUCCAAACUUCAUGUAGCUUCAGAGUUCAUCACUACACACCUCCAAACUUCAUGUAGCUUCAGAGUUCAUCACUACAGAGCAAUAAUUUUAGUUUUUGCUUAAAUGCAGUAUUUUUGUAGUCCUGCUCGUUUUGUAUUGAGAAGAAUUUGCAGCUCCAUAUCUACACCAGCAUGGCCUUUUUACACCACAUUAAAGCAGUUUAUUAUAUACAAACAGAAAAUUAAAUCUAUAUACUUGCUACUAUACAGUAUUAAAACUUUUACUUUUACUUUUGAGAUGUAACAGAGCAAACCCGCAGAGCUGUGGAAUCAUAAAAUUCUUCAUAAAAUUGCGAUAAAAUUGUAUUUUUUUCUUUUAUUAAACCCUUUACUGCAUUGAAUUAUGAAAUAUACAUGAACAAUAGAAAAAAAUAAGAAUUCUAUAUAAUGAUGAUAAUAAAAAGUUGUAAAAAAGGUAGAAAAGCCUUGUAUUUUGUUAUUUUUCCAUGUUUUAAUAUUAUAUUAUUCCAUGAUUAAAUACCUUGCAUUAUAGGCAAAAAAAUGGUUUGCACAGGAUUUGCGUCCCAUGUCUUUUGGCAUGUCCCAUGAAAAAUAAAGAACACUGCAUUGAACUGUGGGAAAUGAGCAUGCUGACCAGUGUUCAACCAAACUCACUCACAAGAUACCACCUCCACAUUGCUAAAAUGGUAUUAAAAAUUGCAAUUAUAUUAUUUAAUUUAUAAUUUAGAAUAGUUUCUAAAUUUGUUUGAUUUACCUAAAAACUAAUCCUAACUUUUUGGUUGUGUGUUUUGUGUUUUAUCGCCUUUUUCUAAAAGUCUUAAAACAUAUAUUUUGAUUUAUAUACACAUGGAUUCUCUUGAGAUAAAAGCAAAGUAAAAAAUUAUUUUGUUUUUUAUUUUGUUGUUUAUAUUUUAAAAAUAGUCAUUUUUGCCAAAUGACUAUUUUUAGAAUGAUAACACCAUGCAGUAAAGGGUUAAGAAUUAAUAAGUCUAGAAAGAAACCCUGAUCUUACUGAAAAUACAGAUCCUGCAUGAUUUUUACAGUUUUUUUUGGGUUUAGUUUUAAUAAUAAUGAUUAUAUUUUUAAUUGAGAUAUUUUAUAAAUGUAUAAAACCCUCUUAAAGAGUGUUUAAUGCUUUUAAACUGAGAGGAAAUGGUUAAAAACACUGGGAUAUUUCUGGGCUGCAGUUUUUUUUUACAGCAUCAGUGGUGUUAAAAUGUGUUUAGCAGAAUUUUCCUACCAGAUGGUUCGACAGCUUGAUCUGUUUUAAAUGAAAUAAAGUGUGUUUUGCUCUGUA